AUGGAAUAUGAAACAGGAGCCGAUGCACCUAGGACGGAUAGAAAAUAUAUUUCUUAUAUUCCCAUCGUGCUGGAAAACAUGAUAAAGCAAGAUAGAGGAGAAGGGAAAAUCACUAGUUUUCAUGCUUCAAAAAUCCCUGAUAUAUCUAUUAAAAAUUAUGUUGAAAGGAUAAGUAAAUACAUAGGAUGUAGUAACGAAUGUUUUGUUCUUUUAAUGAUAUAUAUUGACAGAAUUAUAAAAUUAAACAAAGACAUUAGCUUAUCACUUUUGUGUAUUCAUAGAUUACUUAUAACUGCUACAAUGAUAUCUGCUAAAUUUUUUGAUGACUUGUAUUAUUCAAAUGAUUUUUAUGCAAAGGUUGGAGGGGUAUCUACACAAGAAAUUAACAAAUUAGAAUCCAACUUUUUACAUUUAAUAGAUUAUAAAUUAUUUGUGUCUUCAGAGGAGUAUGAUUUUUACAGACAUUCAAUAUCCCUAGCAGUUGAGAAGUAUUUAAGUCGACUGAAAAAUGGACAAACAAGGAAAAAAAAAGAACAUACCACUGCCUUUGCCAGCACCCGUUAUGACACGAAAGGUGACAAAUGUGAUGAUCUCCAAGAUGAAAAGUGUCGUGGAAAGGACACUGUCUACCCCCACCACUCUACUGUGAAGCCCUACAAUUUAUUUAAUUAUACUGCCCCUCACAGAACGAACAUUAUGUUUAUAAAUCAUGAAAGCAAUUCCCAAUGUUUUCAUUCUCCCCGUGGUUCGUGA